CACUGAGUUGAUCCAAUGACCGAUGGUGUUCCAGAGCAAGUUAAAACGUUCGUCUUUCAUUCGAACCCAAAUAGAAGUUCUUCGGGCGAAUUUGAAACCCUUGAAGUUCUGAUCCCUGAGCAGUUACAAGCCUCCUACAGCUCAUACGUGUGGCCGAGUGCGCCGAUACUUGCUUGGUACUUGUGGGAGCGGCGGGCAGAACUUGGCGGCAAGCACAUUGUUGAGCUCGGUGCAGGCACUGGGCUACCUGGUGUUGUAGCUGCUAAACUUGGUGCAAGCGUCACCUUAACAGAGAGCGCUUCUUUGCCUUGUAGUCUACAGCAUUUACGCAGAGUCUGUGAGCUUAACGGUCUGCAAAGCAAUCAGGUGCGUGUAGUCGGUCUGACCUGGGGUUUGUUCCUGGCCAACACCUUUACUCUCGGUCCUAUAGAUCUCAUCAUCGGUUCUGAUUGUUUCUACGAGCCGUCAGUGUUUGAGGAUAUCAUCGUCACUGUCGCUUUCUUACUAGAAGCAAGCCCUCACGCAAGGUUCUACUGCACUUACCAGGAGAGGAGUGCUGACUGGUCCAUUGAGCAUCUUCUACAUAAGUGGAGUUUACGUUGUGAACAGAUUCCACUAAACAACCUCGGAGUUGAGUCUGGAAUUGAUGUCAACGAUUUGAUGAAAGCUCAUACCAUCCAUUUGCUAGAGAUUACUAAGAGUUGAGAAAUAAAAAGUUUACAAUGAGCUACCUAAGAAUCUUUGUCUCCAAUCUGCCAUGGACUGUCGGCCAUGGGGAAUUACGCAGAUAUUUCAAAGAGUUUGGCCGAGUGAUCAAGUCUACUGUAGUAUUUGAUAAAUCCACCGGAACUUCAAAAGGGUUUGGUUUUGUCACAUUCAAUGAUGCCAAAGCUUGGGACAACGUAAGCAACCAGCAGAUACACA